AUGUCACGUCCUUUCCCAUAUACCUACAUAUCAUGCCCCUGCGCCGAUACCCCAGUCCCUGACCCAGCCAGGAAGCGGAGGUCAAGGGAGUCCCCGCAGAAAUCGCCGCAGAAACCACCACCCGAGCGGGCGGACACAGACCAAGACAAGAAAUUGGCAGCGAAAGAGGAACAACAAGAAGAUGAUGAGGACGAGGAGCAAACCUUUGAUCCCCGCUCUCCACGGUCCAACUUCUCGCUGUACCCGCCUGAACAGCUUCUCUACUGCGAGGAGUGCCACCAGAUCAAAUGCCCUCGAUGUAUUACAGAGGAGAUUGUGAGCUGGUACUGUCCUAGCUGCUUGUUUGAAACGCCGAGCAGUAUGGUGCGGAGUGAUGGUAAUCGGUGUGGCCGGAAUUGCUUCAAUUGUCCUGUUUGUACAGCUCCGCUAGCCGUGAGUACCAUUGAGAAUGCCACAGGGAACGGGCUCCAACAGGGCCCGUGGGUGUUGUCUUGCGGAUACUGUCUUUGGACUACACUAGACAUCGGCAUCAAAUUUGAUAAGCCGACAAAUAUCCGUAGUCAACUACAAAAGAUGACAGAUUCCACUCCCCCGGCUGCUCACGACCGCUCGAGGCAAGCUUCUCGUACUUUCGGAGAUCUGAAACAUCCGUUGUCCAGCUUUGCCUCGAUUGACGAGCAAUCCAAUGCGCGCGAGCGUGAUGGAGAGCAAGCCGCACCAAAAGAAGACCCGGCUGCACCUCCAAUGGGCACGGAUGCCCGGUUUGCAGCCCUGAAAAACUUUUACCGUACACAGAUCGCCGAGACAUCAAACUCGCCAAAUGACCAUCUUAGCUCAGAAUUUGGGUUCUCAUCGCCCGGCGCCCUAAACCGACUCAUGUCUCUCUACACAUCCUCGUCACGUCUAAGCGGGCUCUAUGGCGGCAACAAGAAGCCCAAAUCCAAGCCACCUGUUAUGCGCGAAGCCCUGACUGCAAGCGAGGGCCUUCAGGUCGCCCUAGAAAACAACGAGACGGACAUGAUUGCACGACUUCAGUCUCCAGAAUGUGGCUGGGAUGGUAUGGCCUCGAUAGACCAGCGCGCAACCCAAUCACCGGACGCCCGCUUCGUUGACGAUCUCCUCCCACUCCCAGUCCUCCUCCGCACCAAGCGAGCCAAGCGCUGCAAGUCCUGCAAGCACAUCCUCGUGAAGCCCGAGAGCAAGCCGCAAUCUACGCGCUUCCGCAUCCGCCUCAUUGCCCUCAGCUACAUCCCCCUCCCAACUCUCCGUCCUCUAGCCCCCUCUUCCUCGUCAGCGCUUCCAGCUAUGGCCCCAACCUCCGACCUCAACUCCCUCCCACCCCUACGCCCAACUCACAUCCUUCUUACCCUAAAAAAUCACAUGUUCGACCCCGUCCGCAUCACCCUCGCCACACCCCCAGUAACCCCAGGCCGCGUUGCAACGAAAGUCACAGUUCUCUCCCCGCAGUUCGAAAUUGGCGCGAACAGCGAUGUCUGGGACGAGGCGUUGCAGGGUGCUACACCUUUAACGAGCGACUCUCGAUCCGCUGUUCUACGCGGAGUCCCCGAGGCAGGCAAGGUGUGGGAUAAGGGCCGGAACUGGACGACCGUCGUGUUGGAGGUUGUCCCUGGUACGUUGCCAGGGAGUAGUGCUGAAGGCGGUGGUGGCAAUGCCAAUACCGAGACUAAUGACAAGAAUGCAUUGGCGGUUGCGGCUUCUAAGCAGGAUGAGGAUGUGCUUGAGAUCCCGGUCUUUGUACACAUGGAUUGGGAUGCAGAUGCGCAGCUUGAUCAGCAGAAUGUUGGGAAGGGAUCUAAGCCUGACGAUAAGGUUACCAGGGAGUUGGCAUAUUGGAUGGUGCUUGGUGUGGGGAGAAUUCAGGCUUCGUUGUAG